UAUUCCUCCGUGAGAUCAUGUCGUUUUUCUGUGUAAUUGGAUUCAUCUAAUAAAUAUCCUAAUUAGGGUUUUGGUUGUCUAACAUUUGAGAUUUCUGAUCCAAAUUCUUGUGAUUAGAUUGAAGGAAGAAGAGAGAGGUUUCGAUAAUCGAGAAUGGGAGGAGCUGAGCACGGACAUGGUGAAGGAGCUCACGGGGAUUUCAGGAGCAAGGUGUGGAGUAUGUCGGGGGGGCCCUACUGUAGGCCCAAGCACUGGAAGCGCAACACCGCCAUAGCCAUGGCCGGCAUUUUCCUUAUCUGCAUCCCCAUCGCCAUGAAAUCCGCCGAGCUUGAGCAACGGCCACAUUAUCCUGUCCGGCCAAUUCCCUCGCAACUCUGGUGCAAAAACUUUGGAACUAAAGACUAUGAAUCCAUUAAGGACGUCCAGUGAAAGAACCAGUGGAGGUUGGCUAUACCAUAAUCUUGCACUUUGGGAAAUAUCAUGAGCAGCCAUUUAGGACUUGCUGUUGAGAUGUUUUGAAAGUUGAAAAAUAACUCAUGGCUUGAGUUGUAUCUCAUUUUACUGUCAAUGACAAAUAAGUCGCUGACUCGUUUUGCUUGCAUUUCUUUUACAAAAUAUCCAUAUUUGUGAUGAUAGUAUUUGUCUUCUCAGCAGUUCUAUUUUAGCACCAGCAGUGCCAACACUAGACUUUUGUCCAUAACAGUCUGCCAUAUGAGUUACAGUGCUCUUUAAUGACUAUUUCUGUAAAGAGUUUAAUUUUGUUGACAGCCUCAUUAUCUCCAAAUCUCAUCUGAUGAGGAGGAAAAGGGUUUUCAGCACUUU